AUGAGGGAUCUGUCGCCCUCGGAGGAGAAACGGGAGGGGAGGGGGGAUUGGGGGGAAGAAGGGGGGGAGAGGAAGUUUGUUAUCACGGUGAUAAGCAGAAGGAGUAUAAAACGGGCGGGGUUGAGGUAUUUGCGUCGGGGGAUUGACGAGCAGGGAUGGGUGGCGAAUGGGGUCGAGACGGAGCAGAUUUUGUAUGAGGCUGAUGGGGGGGAUAAGGGGAGGGUGUAUAGUUUUGCGCAAGUCAGGGGGAGUUUCCCGGUGUUUUUUACUCAGAGUCCGUAUUCGUUGAAGCCGACGCCGGUCUUGCAGCAUAGUCAGGAGGCGAACUUUGCGGCGUUGAGGAAGCAUUUCGGACGGUUGGGGGAGCGGUACGGGGGGUUGGAGGUGGUGAAUUUGGUGGAGAAACAUGGGGUCGAGGCGCCGAUUGGGGAGGUUUACGAACGGGGCGUGGAGAGGUUGAACGAGGAGUUGGUGAAGGAGGGAAAGGAAAAGAUCGGGUUCGAGUGGUUUGAUUUUCACUCGGUGUGCAGGGGGAUGAAGUUUGAGAAUGUGAGCGUGUUGUUGGAGAUUUUGGGCGGGAGGCUGGAGGAGCUGGGGAGUAGUGUUGUGGUGGAUGGGGUUGUGGAGCGAAGACAAAAGGGGGUGUUGAGGACGAAUUGUAUGGAUUGUUUGGAUCGGACGAAUGUUUGUCAGAGCUCGUUUGGGAAGUUUAUGCUGGAUUUGCAGCUGAGGGAGGAGGGUAUUGAUAUGGAAAAGCAAAAAGAUCAGGAGAAUAGCUGGUUUAAUGGGUUGUGGGCGGAUAAUGGGGAUGCGAUCGGGAAGCAGUAUGCGGGGACCGGGGCGAUGAAGGGGGAUUAUACGAGGACGAGGAAGAGGAAUUAUAGGGGGGCGUUGACGGAUGCUGGGUUGAGCUUGACGAGGUUGUUUAAUGGGAUGUUUAACGACUUUUUUCUCCAAGCCAGCAUCGAUUUUUUGUUGGGGAACGUCACCUCCCUUGUGUUUGAAGAGUUUGAAGCAAACAUGAUGACCAAGGACCCGGCGGUAUCGAUGCAAAACAUGCGCCAGCAGGCCAUUGAGCUCUGCCAGAAACGGGUUAUUGAAGACGAAGCAGAGGAAUUUAUUGGUGGUUGGGCCUUCCUCACGCCUAGCACGCCGGACACCAUCCGCAGUGCCACCUUUGAGGAGGCAGUCUUGCUACUUACCGACUCGGCCCUCUAUCUCUGCCGGUUUGACUGGAACCUCGACAAGGUCUCUAGCUUUGAGAGGGUUGACCUGGCGCAUGUGACAAAGAUUAGAUUCGGGACUUAUAUCACGAGCACCAUCUCGCCUGCGCAGGUGGACGAGCUGAGGAACGUGGGGUUGGUGAUUGAGUACAAGCCUGGGUUGACGGACGUCACGCGUGUCAACACGAGGUCGUUGUCGAGCAUGAGUGAUCACCCGAAACCGACAAAUGACGACUUUGCGAGCGCGGCGCUGUCGGGGGUGGCGGGCUUCUUUUCGGGAAAGAAUGUUGCUGCUGCUGCUGCGGUGACGACGCCUACGAGGAAGAUUGCGUUGAAGGCGUUGUACAGCCAGACGUCUGCUGCUGUGAGUGGUGCUGGGAAGGUGAAGAUUGGGGGGGAGGAGGAGGAGGAUGAGGACAUUGCGCGGCUUACCGAGAUUCAGCAGGUGGUUGUUAUCGCGGCCGAGAUUGAGAGGUUGGCGCUGUUGAAUCAGCCGAGGGAGGUGAAGGGGGAGAAGGGGGAGGGGGAGGGACAUUUGAUUGAGAAGGGGGAUAUUAUCAGUGUGGCGGAGGCGAAGAAGAACACGGGGUUGCUGGAGACUUUGGGGCACAGGGUUAAGAAGUUGGUUUGGGCUUGA